AUGAUCUGUUGCAAACAGGUGUUCUGGGAUAUUGUAACAAUGACGCUGCUGAUAUACACGCUGUUCGAAAUCCCCUUGCACCUUGCGUUCUUGACUGAUGACAGCAACUGUGCCCUGAAUGCUCUGGAUUCUUGCAACCUGGCAGUAGACCUGAUCUUCUGUACAGACAUGUUCGUCUCGUUCAACACUGCUUACUUGAUAGCUCCCAAAGGAGAGGAAGAGUUGGUAGAUGACCAUGGCAUGAUUGCUAAGCGUUACGUACAGUCUUGGUUCCUGGUCGAUUUGCUGUCAUCGAUCCCUUUCGAUAGGUUACUGUGCUUGAUCCUUGACGGACAGCAAAAUCUGUCGUUUGUUCGGACGCUCAAGACUGUUCGUUUCAUCAAGCUUGCAAGGUUGCUGAGGUUCAUGAGAGUGCUGAAGAAGUGGGAGGGACUUAGUGCAAGUCCAUCGCUGAGCAACUUCCUCCGCCUGUUUAAACUGAUCAUCGGACUGCUGAUGUGUGCGCAUAUCAUGGGCUGCUUCUGGAAGAUUACUAUUGAGGUCGCUGACUGUGGAAGGUGGGAGAAUCCGGAUGAAGCUGAGCUUCAGGGUUACCCGGUAAGCUACGGAUGCCAAUGCGCUUACUCCUCCCAUGCUGAGCUUGAGGCGAUCGGUUUGAUCUGUCUGCCGGUCAACUGGAUGUACAAGUACGACCGUGAAUUGUACCUCGACGGAUCAGUUGCUUCUCAGUACCUGGUCUCAGUGUACUUCACCAUCAUCGGCCUGGCCACGGUUGGGUUUGGGGACAUAACCCCCGCUAACGACUACGAGAGGCUGUUCUCUACGCUCUUGACUCUGUUUGGAGCCGUUAUCUUCGCCUUUGUCAUUGGAAGCAUCGGGGAGAUUGCGCAGCAGGGAAACCAAAUGGACGCGGAGCUGAGGAACUCCCUCCAUGCUCUCAGCGACUUCAUGCAGUACAAGAAUGUGCCUCUUUGGCUGCAGAAACGGGUCAAACGUCACCUGUCGUACUCGUCCGCUCGAUCUCCCCAGAUCUACACGCACGACCUUCUGCACAUGCUCCCAAGACAUCUGCGGAACUCCAUCAUGCAGCACAUGUAUGAGAACAGUGCCUGGAUGAUCCCCUUCUUCAACAACAUGGACCCGGAGCUCCGAACUCACAUGUUCAUGCUCCUCCGACCUGUCCUGCUGCUGGAGGCCGAGUAUCUCUACCACGCCCUCGAUGUAGGCGAGGAGAUGUACUUUGUCAUUGAGGGCGAAGCUCAG